AUGGCGUCAGUCCUCGCCUCACAGCCAACCGAUAUACUGUCUGUGCCCGGCGUGCACUCAAAACAAGCCAUGCCGCCACUCCAGGAACUCACGCCGCCCCAUCAUAUCAAGCAAGAAGACGACCAGGAGAGAGGCCGCCCCCGAAGCCGGUCCGACGACAAGGACGUAGAGGAUCUUGAUAUAGACGAUCCUGACGAUAUCGAUGGCGAUGGGAACAACGCGAACUCGUCCAAUUCGGAAGGCCCUGCACGAAAGCGCCGCAGGAGCCGAAAGGGCCUGGAUAAGAAGUUUGAGUGCCCCGAAAAAGGCUGCGGGAAGAGCUACUCUCGGGCCGAGCACCUCUACCGCCACCAGCUGAAUCACAACCCCAAGCAAGUUUAUAAGUGUGGCAUUGGCGAUUGCCAGCGCACAUUUGUGAGACUUGACCUGUGCAACCGGCAUAAGGACCGCCAUACAGCCAAAGGCUCGGCUUUGAAUCGCAAGGACUCGUUGCUGGGCCAGCUCUCACCCAUCACCGAUCACCGUGCCCCUUUCGCACCGGCAGGCUCCACUUCGCCCGAAGCCAAUCGGCCCGGCACCGGAUAUAAGGGACGGCCACUGACAAUGCAGUAUCAUUCUCCCAAAGACUCCCUGGGUAGCCCAUACACACCCAUCACCAGCACGCCCCCAGCCGGCUUUCCCAACGGACAUGCGAACGGUCUCGACUACAUGCACCAUGAUGGAAAUUAUCACCACAUGGCAGGUCAAAGGCCUCCGCUUCACUCAUCGCCAGGCCCUCAGCGGCCAUCGAUACAGACCAGCGUCGGCGCGUACGGAGUCUUGUCUCCUAUAUCUAACCAGCCAGGGUAUAUCAGCCAGCCCAGCAAUACUCCGCAAUCCGCUACCCAAAUGCCGUACGUACCGCCGCAAAACUUUCCACCGUUCAGCCUCCCGCCGUCAGAUUUCGCUUCGUCCUCGACCGGGGCCGUUACAAGGGAGGAGCAGCAGAACUAUGCACCCUCCACCACCGCCGAAUACUCGGACCAUCACCCCCAGGGUGGCGGCGAGAUGAUGCUGCUGGAUCAAAUGAGCAUGCCGCAGACGAUGCCAGUUUUCGGAAGCGAUAGCAUUCUCAACAAAUCACCCUACGUCGGAAUGCCCGAGGAUUUUAUGGCGUAUCUGUUUAAUACGCACGGCGAGGGCUCUCCUAUGACCGGUGUGCCAAUACAAGGCCUUAAGUAUGGUUUCCAGGACGAUGAUACGUCUGGCCCUCUGCUGACCCGUCGUAGUUAUGGCGAGUUCUCUGUUAACCAGUACCACAUGCCGUACUAUAAUGAUCCCAACAGUAUUGGGUACUUCCCUCCGUCCACGGGUCCUCAGCAGGUCAUGUCCGUCACCAACCUGCUUGACCAACCUGCCCCCGAAUCUGGCAUCUCUGAGGAUAAGAGCGCCGAGAUAGUCGAGUUCAUCAGGGAAAGAUUUCACGAGAAUGGUCACGCCCCGAUCGAGAAGCACCGCGAUAACAUUCUUGAGGGAGAUCGCAACGACGACACCCACAUGCUCAGUCGCAAGAUGAUGCAGGCUUAUAUCGGAUCGUACUGGCUCCAUUUCAGCGACCAAGUGCCGAUUCUACAUAAGCCUACAUUCUUGCCCGACAAGACGCCUAAGUUACUUCUGAUUGCCGUCAUGACAAUCGGCGCGGCAUGCUUGGACAAGGCUCACGGUCCAAAGAUCACCAAGGCUGGCGCCGAGCUGUCCAACUUCUUAGCCGGGAACCUCAGGUGGGAAAUGUUCCAGGACCCCACCUGCCGGCCGCCUGCCAAUCUCUGGGUCUUCCAGACGUUAUUACUCCUCGAGGUGUACGAAAAGAUGUAUUCGACCAGAGAGCUGCACGAGCGGGCGCAUAUCCACCAUGCAACCACGAUAACACUUAUGCGUCGCGGGAGAGCGCUCAUUGGAAAAUCUGCCUUGGAUUCGCCACCAAAUCCGAGGGAUGACAGAACUAACGGCUCGAGACAGUCUUCUACGUCUGGCGCGGCCCACACCCCGGAUGAGUGGUGGAACCACUGGAUUACUAACGAAGCGACGCGGCGGGCAGCAUUCGCGGCCUUCGUGAUCGACUCGAUUCAUGCUACCAUGUUUGGCCAUUCAACAGUCAUGGUGGCACACGAAAUGCGCUUGCCACUACCCUGCGACGACAAGCUGUGGAAGGCCACAAGCGGCUCCGAGGUAGGCAGGAUCGAGGCCAACCUCAUGUCUGUCGGCAACAAACCAAUAUCCUUCCUGGAAGGCCUCAAACGGACCCUCAGCAAUCAAGAAGUCCAGACGAACUCAUUUGGCCGUACAAUUCUCAUGGGAGGGUUGCUCAGCGUCAGUUGGCACAUGAACCAAAGAGACCUCCAGGUCAACUCUCUGGGCGGCGGGGUUGCGCAGACGCUUGGUGGUCGUGACAAAUGGCGAGGGACACUGACGCGGGCCUUUGACUCGUGGAAGGGCGACUUUGACAAGACGCUGCUGGGCACCGGCGAUGCGGCAGACCCGUACAUCUACGACUCUCCGAACCGCAACGAGCUGAAGGUGGUUCUCGAAAGCCGGAUUGUGCUUCAUCAUCUGGCGCAUAUGGCAAUGCAUGUGGAUAUCGUGGACUGCCAGAUUUUCGCCCGGGCGAAGAGGCUCCUCGGCCGAGCCAUUGGGUCACAGGAUCUCCACAGCGCGCAGCGACGGAUGAAGGACAUCUGGGCGCCGUCGGCGAAAGCUCGAGAUGCGACUUAUUAUGCCUUGAAAUUUUUGCACUCGGUUAUGCUCUCAAGCGGCCCAGGGACGCCAAGGUCAAACGGCUACAACGCUAUGGACGACUUGUACUCGGCCCGAGACGAUGUCCUGCUUAACCGCCCCUGGGUUCUCUAUUUUGCUGCGCUGGUGGUUUGGUGCUACGGAUAUGCGCUCGAGGGUGCGAGCCCUAGCCUACACGUCCCAUCCACGCCUCAAGAUAGAGUGCGCCACAUGCGGGAAUAUCUGAUCAAGUACGGCAACGUGUCGUCGCCCGAGGAGCUGAAGUCAAUGAAGGGGAUUAGCCACAACACGCCGCUGUUGAUGAUACUGAAAGACACGUUCGAGGUAACGAGGUGGGAGUUGCUCCACGAAGGAGCCACCCUCUUGAACAACUGCAUCAACCUCAACACUGGCCAAGCAGUCUGA